AUGUCAUCGUGGGUGUCGAGAGCGACCGAGUCUCGCAAUGCCCAGCUCAUCACUACAGCUGCAGUCUCGGGAGUGGUGGUAGCCAGUACUAUACUUGGAUUUCAAAAGGCACGGCGUAUGACAAGGGUUGCGGAUCUCAAGGCAUCAAUACCAGAUGUCAGUCCUGAUCAUCAUGCAUCACGGAUGACUGAGUAUGGCGCUGCAUCAACAGUCUUUGCUCCAAAUCUGAUCCUUGAGCAACUGGCAAGAAACAGAGUCUUCCUCACCGACCCUGGAAUUGCAAAGCUGCGAAGUGCCUUUGUCAUAGUAGUCGGCUGUGGAGGCGUUGGAUCUCAUGCCACAGCCGCACUGGCUCGAUCUGGUUGCUCUAAACUUCGUCUCAUCGACUUCGACCAGGUCACACUGUCAUCCUUGAACCGACAUGCUGUAGCAACUCUAGCUGAUGUAGGCACACCAAAAGUGCAUUGCCUUCGAAAACGCCUUGAGCAGGUUACCCCCUGGACGCACUUUGAAUGUCGCAACGAACUCUUCAGUGAGCAGACUGCGGCGGCGCAACUCGCACCCAUGAACGAACAGCCACCAGAUUUUGUUAUUGACGCCAUCGACAAUAUCGACAGCAAGGUUGCAUUGCUGGCCUAUUGUUACAAGAACAAUAUCAAGGUGAUAUCUUCCAUGGGUGCAGGAUGCAAAUCAGAUCCUACACGAAUCUUCAUCGGCGACAUUUCCACAUCAACAGACGACCCGCUCUCCAAAUCCACGCGACGAAAGCUCCGCCUCCAAGGCGUCAAAGAUGGGAUUCCCGUAGUCUAUUCCACUGAGCGUCCCGGACCCGGGAAAGCAGAACUGCAGCCCCUAUCCGAGGAAGAAGUGGCAAGAGGCAGCGUCGGCGAACUAGGUGUGCUCGCAGACUUUCGCGUACGCAUCCUGCCUGUACUGGGCACCAUGCCCGCCAUCUUUGGCCUCGCAGUCGCAAACCACGUCAUUCUCUCGAUUGCAGACUACCCCCACGAAUACCUGCCGUCCAAGUCCCGCGACAAAAUGUACGACGGCAUUCUCGGCGCCCUACAAGGCGCGGAAGAACGUCUGGCUCGCGCACUCUUCAUCGAGGAAGCACAAGGUCUCAAAGUCCCCAUCACGCAAGAUGAUGUUGGCUACCUCGUCGAAGAGGUCUACAGCGGCCGAAGCAUCAUCAGCGGGCUAUCUACCCGUCUCACUCUGGUCAGGUGGAAGAAGCCCACGGCCAAUUUUGUGGACGAGAGGACGCCUGGGCAGAAAUGCAGCAUGCUUACGAUGAAGGACUUGGUGCUCAUGACCAAGGAGGAGGCGACGAAACAUGAGAAAGCUGUGCUGAAGGGGGAGAAGAGGUUGGACGAAGUGUAUGAUGCUGAGACGAUUGCGCGUGUGGAGAAGAGGCUACAGGAAGAGGAGAGGUACGAGAGGCUCAGAUGA